AUGAUUUUCAGUGAAAGUUAUGGUGAUGUAGCAUGUCAUACGACAGGUGGCCGUCUGAUGACAGUAAUUUAUGCAGUUGUCGGCAUACCACUAAUGUUGAUCACUCUUAGUGAUCUUGGUAAAUUAUUGUACGAAGCCGUCAAUGAAAUGGUAAAAAUGAUAAGAUUAGCGUUCACAUCAUUUGGCUAUCAAUCUAAUAUCAGUCUUAAAUCAUCAAUACAAGGAUCCAUUGAUAUAGCACAAUUGGAAAUGAGUUCGGACAUGAACCAAAAACGAAAUAUUAAAGGCGAAAUAAAUAAUUAUAGUGGUAUUGAAGAUGAUUUUGGCUCUCAAAAGCCCAAAUUUCUACUUGAUGCAGAAACUAUUGAUGAAAUAGAUGGCAAAAAAAUGUCAACAAAAUUUGACGAUAUUCAAUUUAUUAACAGUGAUCCGCCACCUCGAAUACCUGUUUUAAUAGCUAUUAGUAUUACUAUAAGUUGGAUAUUUUUGUGCGCCGCUCUCUUCAAAAUAUGGGAAUACGACUGGACCUAUGCAGAAAGUUGCUAUUUCAUGUUUAUUAGUUUAAUGGUAUUAUGUUUUGUUUUUGUCAUUAUUGGUCUUUCAAUGGUUAGUAUGUGCAUCAAUGUGAUACAAUUGGCAUUAGAAGAUUUUUACAUCAAAAUUUUGUUAAAAUUAGUCUUCGAAUAUCAAUCAAAAUUAAGUCAAGGAAAUAAUCGAGUUGAGGCAUCUGUGGGCAUGAUGCAAAUGUGGGGCGAUAAUAGAGCUGCAAAAUAUCUGAUGCCACUACUUAGCAAGAAUAAGCGAUUGUCGUUAAUGAACAAAGUACAGAAGGAUGCUGAAGCACGUGGAAUUGAAGUCCCGCAAAUCUUUUCUGAUAUUGACGAAGAACUGGGCAUGCCAAAGUUAUUCUGGAAGAAUAGAAAAGAGUCAGCAAACGUAAAUUCCGUGGAGAAAGCUCUUCAACGUGUUCAAUCUAUGGAACAAAAGCUUCCGAAACUAGUCUUGCGCGAUAUUGGUGUACAAGCUUACCUUUUACAUCUAGAUGAUAAAAAUGAAGAAACUUCUAUAACUGCACCACUGGAUGCAUUUGUUUUUACACAUCCUUCAUUUCAACACGAAGCGACUACAGUUGAUGUACAGUGUGAUGAAAUCUUACCGUUAUAUGAUAUGGUACAAAUCAAAGAAACUGAAAUGAAGAUGAAUGGUACACAAACAGAAACGAUAGAUACUUCUGAUACUGAGAUUCAAACCAAUUUGCAUGAUUUUCAAGAUACUCCAAGACAAACAGAAUUCCAUAAACAAGUUGAAACAUCACUUGUGGGAAAGAUCAGCACUGCAAUUCAAACUGUUCCAAUGGAAAAGAGAAAAUUGUCACGAGUGAGACGAGCAAAGAAACGAUUGAAACAAACAUUUCGAAGCUCCUUAGAAGCUCAAAGACGAAAAGUAUCACAAAUAUCUACGCAGAGUUUGCAAGAUUUCCAUGUAAACAAAGAUUCAAAGACAGCAGGGAACAAAAAGUGGUCGGAAACUGAGACAUUAAAGUGGGAUCCAAUUGAUGGUAUGCAUGCUGAAAAACAACGGCGAGUUCGAGAUCUCAAGAAAUUCUUUGAAACUACUGUUAAAGAAGAUCAUUCAAGCAGUUGA